ACAUCAUCAUCUUCUUCUUCUUCAUCACUAUCUUCAUCAUCACCAUCUUCAUGAGCAACAAGCAACCAGUUUCAAAACAGGAAGCAGGUCUGCGCCACGACGGUUGCUGUUUUUUUGACUAAAGAAAGAAAAGUUUCCAGGCACGCAGGAUCCCCAGAUUAAACAGCUGAGAUCUUGCUUGACACACUGCUGGAGAGAUGGAGUUGAUUAAAGUGGAGGUUGUGGAUAAUGAUCCUGAACCCUGCAGAGUGAAAGAUGAAGAUGAUACUGAGGAACAAAGAGGCCAGAUGGAAGUGAAAGAGGAAAAUCAAGAACCGGUUGAUGUCAAGGAGAACCGCUAUUUUGAGAAACCUGAAGAUUAUAUGGUUGGAGAAAAAUCUUUGAGUUCCUCGCUAUCUGAAAAUAAUUUUUCACAAACAGCACAAGCCAAAAAUUUUUUCUCUUGCCCUCAAUGUGAGAAGACGUUCACACAUAAAGGAAACCUUAGGGAUCACAUAAAAAAUCACAUUGGAGAAAAGCCUUACGCAUGCCAUCUGUGUGGGAAGAGUUUUAUUCACAAAGGACACCUUAAUGAUCACAUAAGAAUUCAUACUGGAGAGAAGCCUUACGUAUGCUGUCUGUGUGGAAAGAGCUUCACAUGUAAAGGAAGCCUUAAUGGUCACAUGAGAAUUCACACUGGAGAGCGGCCUUUCACGUGCCACCUGUGUGGAAAGAGUUUUACGUGUAAAGGUACUCUUACAUGUCAUGUAAGAGUUCACACUGGAGAGAAGCCAUUCACAUGUCCUCAGUGUGAUAGGAGUUUCUCACAUAAAGGAAGCCUCAAGUGUCACAUGAGAAUUCACAUCGAAGAGGGACCUUUCACAUGCCAACAGUGUGGAAAGAGUUUCACACAGAAAGAAUACCUUAAAAAUCAUAUACGAAUUCACACUGCAGGAAAGCCUUUCACAUGCCAUCUGUGUGGAAAAGGUUUAACAUGUAAAGGAAGCCUGAAGUGUCACAUGAGAAUUCACACUGGCGAGAAGCCUUUCACGUGCCUUCAGUGUGGAAAGUGUUUCACCAAUAAAGGAAACCUAAAGAUUCAUGCAAGAAUUCACACUGAAGAGAGCCCUUUAACUUGCCUUCAGUGUGGAAAGUGUUUCACACAUAAAGAAAGCCUUAAGUGUCACAUGAGAGUUCACUCUGGAGAGAGGCCUUUCAAGUGCCAUCAGUGUGGGAAGAGUUUCGCUCGUAAAGUAAUCCUUCAGAAUCACAUAAAAACACACUCUGGAGAAAAGCCUUACACAUGCCAUCAGUGUGGAAAGAGUUUCACCGAUAAAGGAUACAUAAAGCGUCACAUGAGAAGUCACACCGGAGAGAAGCCUUUCAUAUGUCCUCAGUGUGGAAAGAGUUUUACACACAAAGGAAACCUUAAAAUUCACAUAAGAGUUCACACCGGAGAGAAGCCUUCCAAGUGUCCUCAGUGUGGAAAGAGUUUCACACAUAAAGGACAGCUUAAAGAUCACUUGAGAAUUCACACCGGAGAGAAGCCUUACACGUGCCCUCAGUGUGGAAAGAGUUUCAAAUGUAAAGGACACCUUAAGACGCACAUAAGAACUCACACCGGAGAGAAGCCCUUCACAUGCCAUGAGUGUGGGAAGAGCUUCACAGUUCAAAGAAGCCUACACAUGCACAUGAAAUAUCAUUCUGGAGAGAAAUUACAUGAGUGUUCUGAGUGUGGCAAGAGGUUUGCAGAGAGCAACACUUUCAAAACACAUUUGCUCAUUCACUCUGAAGAAAGACCAUUUAGUUGCGAUCAGUGUGGCAAAAAGUUUAUUUUAGCAGCGCGCUUAAAGGCACAUAUGAAGCUUCAUACAGAUGAGAGACCCUAUUUAUGUUCUUUGUGUGGUGAGAGUUUUAAACUGCUCGGCAGUUUAAAAUCGCACCAAAAAAUACAUGCCAGUGAGAAAUCUCAUGUGUGCCCUGAGUGCGGUAAAGCUUUUACCAGAGCAAGCUACUUGAAGCGGCACCAACGGACCCACGCUGGAGAAAACCCAGACAAAAACAUUGUCCAGAGUAGUCAAAGAGAGCAAAAUUUGUCUUCGGUAAUUAGUAAAUAGUGUCAGUGUGAUAUUCAUAUAGAGCAGAAAGUAGAAUUUCUUCAAAAGGGGGAUUUUAUCUAAGAGGGCUAAAUGACCUAAUGGCGAUGUCUGUGCUAUUCCAACAAAAAAAAGUGUAGGAAAAUCCUACUGGGCCUCAUGUAGACGCAUGCAUUUUCUGUAAAUCUGCUUUGAAACUAUAUGUAUUGUGAAAAGCGCUAUACGAAUAAUUGUAAAUUGAUUUUAUCCAUCUUAAUGUAGAAACGAGCGCAGAUCCAAGCACAGAAAUCAUCUUACGACAGGGUUUACGUGUGAUUCAUGAAAAAAGUUCCAUCAUACAUUGAUGAAUGUGGCAGCUGAAAACAAUCGUCAUUUGAGAAUCACAUCCUUAAAAAUUCAUGGUUUAGAAGCCUUGACCCUAGAGGUUACGACAUGGAGAAAUUGGAGGCUGAAAAACAAUUGGAGCCCGAUCCAGACCUUGACAAUGUACAAGAGGAUUGUGCUGAAUGGAUUUCAUGCAUAGACUUUGCGAGCAUAGAUUUUACAGGGCGUUUCAGAGUGGUAUGCUUUUAGUAAUUUUCGUAUACAUUAUAGAUACGAUGUUAUUAUAUUAUGAUACAUGAAAACUAAGGUAAUAUAAACAGUAAUCAAUCACAAAACCAUGGUUAAUUUUCCUAAGGAGCAUCUUACAAAAGCAACAGAAAACAAGCUUGUACUUCUAUAAAAUGUGCAGCGCACAGAUACACAUUUGGGGUUAUAAGGUUCUGGAACAGUUAAAAAUAUGUUUUAACUACUUGUAAGUUCAGCCUUAGGAAGGUCAAACAAAUGAGUUUUGGAAA